AUGUCAGGAUAUUUCAUUAUCUUGAAAUUAUAUCCUCUGAGUCAGCUGGCAGUGAGUUCUUCCCUCGGGCUGUAUGCUCUAACCUCUCAAAAACUUCACGGAACGUAUGCAAUAAACUUGAUCUGGCAAUAACAUUUAACUUCAGCGGAAACAUCAGUUCUGCUGAAAAUGGAACAACAUAACUGUAGUUUUAUUUUCAGUACCAGCUAACUUCAUCUGUAUCAAUGACAUGGAUCAGAAAGGGGCUGUGAAAGAGUAAAUCAUUUUAAAGCAAUUACACCAUUUACGCUAAUGUCUCUUUCAGACUCUUCAGAACAUACCAGAACCCGACAUACUAGAACCCAGCAUUCUAGAACCCCACAUUGUAGAACCCAACACUCUUGAAUCCAGCAUUCUAGAACCCAACAUUCUAGAUCCCAACACUCUAGAACCCAACACUCUAGAACCCAGCAUUCUAGAAACCAGAAUUCUAGAACCUAACAUUCUAAAACCCAACACUCUCAAAUCCAGCAUUCUAGAACCCAGCACUCCAGAACCCAACAUUCUAGAACUCAGCUUGCUAGAACCCAACAUUCUACACCACAACACUCUAGAACCCAGCAUUCUAGAACCCAACGUUCUAAAACCCAACACUCUCAAAUCCAGCAUUCUAGAACCCAGCACUCCAGAACCCAACAUUCUAGAACUCAGUUUGCUAGAACCCAACAUUCUACACCACAACACUCUAGAACCCUACACUCUAGAAUCCAGCAUUCUACAACAUAGCUCUCCUGAACAAAGUAUUGUAGUUCUGAGCACUCUAGGACCAAGCAAUCAAGAACCCUCCUUUUAA